AUGAAAUGGAGAUUGGAUGCCAGUUGGAUGCAGGUGGGAUUGUGCCUUGGCCUUAGGUUUCUUCACUCUGCAGCCUUCAUCACGGCCCACAGCCAAUCAGAGGGCCGCAUUCACCUCUUCCCUCGCCACAGGGAUCCACUUGGGCGCGUAACUGGGGGGAAGGAGCCAAUCAGAGAUCCGGGAGACUAUACGGUCUCCAGCCAAUCAGCUCGCCGAGUGGUGUUAUUCACAGACUUGAUUUCCCAGUUAGGCAUCUCCCUCAGAAGUACCACUACCUAGGUAUCUACCUACCUCGUACGAUGACCUAGGUACCUGUACACACACCACUCA